ACUGCUAUGUCGUAUCCCAGAAGGUUGAAAGCCAGAAUUCAGAAGCAGAUCGGAGAAGCCCAAACCUGUUUUGCUUCGUUCCAAUUUCAAACGACCAGUGCCGCUAGGUCUUCUCACAAAGUCACAAAUCACGCAGCAAGUCAGUCCCGCACUCCCGCUCCCGGCUUGAGACUUCCAGUACUUCACCGCAGCACUGUCUCGACACAAUCUGCAACCACCGCUCCUCUGCCGCUGCCGCUCUGCUACGGCGCUAGGCGCAUGCGGACUCGCCACUCACGCCUCAGCCAAGACAGCCAACUGAGCUAAGCACUCGGUUUUCAUUUGCCAAUCCUGUAACCCUAAAAGCUGCCUUGAAAACCUAUUUGGAAGAACGAUUUAGAAACAUACAAUAAAACUUCUAAUGGAAAGCAGCAAUGGAAGUACAACUGGAGGCAGAGAGUGGAUGGCUGAGGAUGCCAUUGCUGGAAAUGCAGAGGCGGUCCGUGCUCUUCGGGAACUCAUUAUGUAUCCACUCCUGUAUUCUCAAGAGUCUCAAAAGCUUGGCCUCAAAUGGCCUCGUGGCUUGUUGCUCUAUGGUCCACCUGGUACUGGAAAGACAAGUUUGGUUAGAGCAGUUGUUCAAGAAUGUGGAGCACAUUUGACUGUUAUUAGCCCACACAGUGUCCAUAGAGCACAUACUGGAGAAAGCGAGAGAGUUUUGCGGGAAGCAUUUGCAAAAGCAUCGUCUCAUGCAAACCUUGGGAAGCCAUCUGUUAUCUUCAUAGACGAAAUUGAUGUACUAUGCCCUCGUCGUGAUUCUAGUUUGCGGAGCGGGGAAGCAUGAGCCAUUGGAAGUUUCUGUGCUUCAUAGAUUAUUGCACUUGCACAUAAUACUUUCAUAUUCAUAUUUCAUUCAACAUACUUGGUGAGUUUGCUAUUGCAGAAGAGAACAAGAUGUACGUGUAGCUUCUCAGCUCUUUAUGUUGAUGGACUCUAAUAAGUCCGUUUCAACAUCUGGAUUACAUGUUGUUGUAGUGGCAUCAACUAAUAGGGUUGACACACUCGACCCGGCUCUAAGAAGAUCUGGGCGUUUUGAUGCUGAGAUUGAAGUCACAACCCCUAAUGAAGAUGAACGCUUUCAUAUCCUCAAUGUAUGGUGCUCAUCAUGGAGUAUUUAUUAUUAUUUGACGAAAUUCACAAGAAUAAUCCCUACUUUUAUGGAUUCUACAAUAAUAAUCCGGACCAAGGUAGUCAAAGUCGUGAGGCGCACUCAAGGCGAUAGGGUAUUCCCAGCGCCUGAGGCGCAAGGCGCAAAAAAGCGCUCGCCUGACUCGGGUGAAUCGCACUACUUAGAUAAAAUCACAUAUACUGUUCUAUAAUUACCAAAUAUGAUGUAUGUAACAUCAUAUUGAACCAAAUGCAUAAAAAAGCUAGGAUUCAUCAAAAUAAAGUCAUGCAACAACAACAACAACAUCCAAGCCUUAGUCCCAAAAGAUAU